UAAACUAACUAAAAUGCAGACUGAACUCCAACUCAGGAACUUAACCAAAUUCGAAGACUACCAAGAAGCUGAAGGAGAGGAUUUUGAGAACGAGCAAGGUUACAUUAUAUCCAAGGAAGUUGACAUCCAUGAAUACAAACUGGCUCAGCCAAUCGAAGAACAAGAAAUCAAAGAUAUUGUUGAUUACUUCGGAUUCACUAAUUUAGACAUCUGAGAUAAAGUAAACAGACUUGUCAAUUCGUACUGAGAUUUGCAAGAAGCCAACAACCAACUUUGGACUCGGAACUGGGAGAUAGCUAAGGAGUUACAAAAGACCAAGAAAGAAGCAAUUUUUAACAAGGAAAAUUUGCUUAAACAUUUAGGAGGAUGUAAUAGUCUUGAGAAAAAGAGAGAGCUGAGAUAUUACAAAUAGCCUUGUUGAAAAAUAUAAGAAGAAGUUUGAGAAAUCAAGAUCAAUUCUCAACAAAGCAGCAAUUUCUUGUAAUAUAGAUUGUUCUUCUACUUCCAAUAAUGAUGAGGCUGAAGAAUCUAAGUCUGACUUAUCUGAUUCGAUAAGUCCGUUCAAUAAAACUCAAGAGCAUCAAGACAAGGAGAAUGUGCCAUUGAGAGUCAACCAAUUUUCAAGAUCUAGAUCCCAGAAACCUUCCUUCUCAAGCCAAUUUUAUAAGUCUAGGUCUAUUCCAUUCAAAGCAAAGAAUGUUCGAGACGGUUGUCAGGACUGAGAAAAGACCAAAGCUACCACGAGCCACUUGAUUGAAACCAUCUUGGGCAGGAUAGAGACACUGAAGCAGGAAUCCAUUGUUGAUGAUAUUGAUGAUUAAACU